CAUAUAUUCUCUUUCUGUUCUUUUUCUACAAAUUUUGGCGUUACAAAAGUAGGCAUGGUAGUUUUUGUUAGGUCUCGCUAACAAAUAAUUAAUAGCAUGUCACUUGUCAAUGCCUCAUCCGAAAUCCAAUCCAAGAUUAUUUUGUUCCACAGAAAAGAACAAAGUUUAUAAAAAUAAUAAUAUAGCGACUAUAACGUUUACUAUUCAUCCCUUUAUGGGUCAGUGUAUAUGUAAUCUCUUCUUUUAUCCCAAAUCACACAUUGGCAUUGCCAUUGACAAUCAAUAAAACAUCUUGUGAGACAAGAACGGGUAAGUGAUAAGAUCAUGGAGCAUCCUCACGUGCUUUUAGUCGCUAGCCCUGGCUUGGGGCACCUUAUCCCUGCCCUCGAACUCGGAAACCGUCUCUCCUUCGUCCUCAACGUCCACGUCACCAUUCUUGCAAUCACCUCCGGCUCCUCUUCCCUCACAGAAACCGAGACCAUACAUACAGCCGCGGCUAGAGGGACCUGUGAAAUUAUCGAAUUACCCUCUGUCGAUAUAGACCACCUAGUGGAGCCAGAUGCGACAGUGGUCACUAAAUAGUGAGCAAGAUGCGAGAAAUGAAGUCCACGGUUCGUGAUGCCGUGAAAUCAAUGAAGCAAAAACCGACGGUCAUGAUUGUUGACUUUUUUGGUACAGCGUUGUUGUCCAUAACCGAUGUAGGUGUGACGAGUAAGUAUGUGUACAUACCGUCUCACGCGUGGUUCUUGGCAUUAAUUGUCUACUUGCCGGUAUUGGAUAAGGUAAUGGAAGGUGAGUAUGUUGAUAUUAAGGAGCCUAUGAAAAUACCAGGUUGUAAACCGGUCGGACCAAAAGAGCUUUUGGACACAAUGUUAGACCGGUCCGACCAACAAUACCGUGAUUGUGUACAGAUUGGGUUGGAGAUACCUAUGAGCGAUGGAGUUUUGGUAAAUACUUGGGGGGAGUUACAAGGGAAGACUCUAGCUGCGCUAAGAGAGGACAUAGAUUUGAACCGGGUUAUAAAAGUACCGGUUUAUCCUAUUGGACCUAUUGUUAGGACUAAUGUGCUUAUUGAAAAACCAAACAGUACAUUCGAGUGGCUAGACAAACAAGAGGAAAGAUCUGUUGUAUAUGUGUGUUUAGGGAGUGGUGGAACAUUGUCGUUUGAGCAAACGAUGGAACUAGCUUGGGGGUUAGAGUUAAGUUGUCAAAGUUUCUUAUGGGUUCUACGUAAGCCUCCUUCUUACCUUGGAGCAAGCUCAAAAGAUGAUGAUCAAGUAAGUGACGGUCUACCAGAAGGUUUCUUGGACCGCACACGUGGUGUAGGGCUUGUGGUAACGCAAUGGGCACCGCAAGUUGAGAUCUUAAGCCAUAGAUCAAUCGGUGGGUUUUUGUCACAUUGUGGUUGGAGCUCGGUGUUGGAGAGUUUAACUAAAGGAGUUCCGAUCAUCGCUUGGCCUCUUUAUGCGGAGCAAUGGAUGAAUGCCACGUUGCUGACGGAGGAGAUUGGUAUGGCUAUUCGUACGUCAGAGUUACCGUCGAAGAAAGUGAUCAGCCGGGAAGAAGUGGCGUCUUUGGUGAAGAAGAUUGUAGCGGAAGAGGAUAAAGAAGGACGAAAGAUAAAGACUAAAGCUGAAGAGGUGAGGGUUAGCUCCGAACGAGCUUGGACUCAUGGUGGGUCGUCUCAUAGUUCUCUCUUUGAAUGGGCAAAACGAUGUGGGCUUGUAUCUUAAUUUGAGAAUACAUUUAUAAUAUCCUGACCAACAAUUUGCUUAAAAGAUCAAACUCUCUAGUAUAACAUAUAUUUUGCUAACCAGCAAUUUGCUUAAAAGAUCAAAGUUCUCUAGUAUGAAAUAUUAAUGUAUGUUGUAAUUUGCUAUGCAUGCAUACAAGAUACAUAUGUAGUUUAAUCAUCUUUAUGUACACAAUGAGAUAAUCAAUGGAUUGUGUUAAGCCACAGGGUAUUUG